GUAGAUCUUCGCAACCUUGCUUGAACCACGUUCACUUCAUCUCGAAUCUUCCGUACCGUUCUCAAGUCAUCCGUCAAGACCUUACACAUCAUGUUCUCAUUGUCCGAAGAGUCUAAGGAGCGCAUCGCUCGCAUUAUCGAUGUUUCCAGAGUCGCUAUCCAUUACGGAUACCUUCCUUUGAUCCUCUACCUUGGUUACUCCCGCAGCGAGCCCAAGCCCUCUCUCAUCCGACUCUUCUCCCCCCUCGCAUAAUCGGAUCGAGACCAAACAAAACCAAAACCCCCCUCCAUUCGACAGACAUGCGUGUAUCUUCCACUGUACAUUAUAAUAGCAAAACGAGGCGUACUUGACUUGGACGGAUCGAUGUGGCAAAAUCAAAGGACAUAUGAUCAAUGAACCAAAUGGCUACUGGUUAAAAAGCUUGAAUUGCAUCUCCGCAUUCACAAUGCCUUCCCUUGACGAGGGUGAAACGACAGACGACUUGUACAAUAUAGCAGCCAGUACCAAAAGCACAAUGCGUACGCAGCCUGCUUUAACGAUACCCUAGAAAUAGGUAUUAAUACCAAUAUUGCCGCUUCAAUUCAC